UUUUUUUUAUUAGAAAAUCUUAUUUUUUAUUUCAUAAAUUGCUUACUUGAUAUGCUUAGUUAUCCGUAAAAGCUAAAAAAUGAUUCUUUUUGAUCAUAUUUUAAUUCUUAUGUGGUUUAGAGCCAGUGGUUGGUUUAUAACUUUUAGGAAACUAUUUUUUUAUCAAUUAAAAAUUGAGAGGUUAUAGAAUGUCAGAAAAAAAAAAUCAGAGUACUAAUUGUAAUCAUUUAAUUAAAAGCAUAUUAUCAGCAAAGUGGCGUAACAUUGAUUUGGACGAUAAUUUAUAUGAAUUUGAGGAUUCUUCAGAAUAUGAAUUGCCUCUUUCAUCAAUAGCCAAUUUUAGUGAUUCAUUGGAAAGUAAUUGCCUUGCUUUUAAAGCUGAAACCCAAACAAAUAAUGACACAUACCCAAAAGAAGUUUAUCGUUACCAAAUAAAUUCAUUUAAUAAAACACAAUAUCAAGAAAAUAGAUCAUUUAAAGAGUAUAAAUGUGAUAUUUGCGCAAGAAUUUUCAAAAAACGUCAACUAAUCAUUCAUCACUUCAAAACUAGUUUGUGUUUCCCAUCGAGUCCAUCUAAUUUCAAACGGAAUAGUAUAAAACAUCAUGCUUAUAAAACAUCCGCAGCUAUUAGACAAGUAUAUUUAAAAUUAGAAGACAACAAAAAUAGUUCAAAUUUAAACUAUACCACUAAUAAUGAUAAGAAAGACAUAUUUACACAAGCGCUUAGGAAUGUAGUAUCUAAAAAUAAUCAUGAAGAAAACUAUAUUAAUAACAAUAUCCAUGUAAAUUAUCUUAAUAAAAACAAAAAUAGUAAACAUAAAAAUCACUUGAAAAAUAAAAAUAAAUUUAAUCUUGAUAAUUGUAUAAAAAAUUAUAUGCAAUCUUCAAGUAUGAAAAGUGAUGUGUUCAAAUGUGAUAGAAAGUUAAAAAACCAUUGGUAUAAACAUGAAUUUGAAUUUGUUGAAUGUAGAUAUUGUAAUAAGAAAUUUAAUUAUGAUUUUAAUUUGUCUCAACACAUUAAAAAGAAACAUAAAUUUUCUAAAAAUUAUCACUGCUCUGAAUGUUUUAAAGUGUUUUACAAACGUUCAGAUAUCAAAAUGCACAUUUUUAAGGAGCAUAAUAAUUAUCAAAAAUUUAGUUGUAAAAUCUGUGCAGUUUCUUUCUAUUCUUCAUUAGAACUUAGCGAACAUAUGAAAAUUCAUUAUAGUAAAAAUUCUUAUAAAUGUGAUGUUUGCCCUAAAUCAUUCAAUUCAUCUUAUCGUCUUUAUCAACAUUAUCAAUGGCAUCUUGGUAUAAAUCACUUUAAAUGUCAGUUUUGUUCAAAAAUGUUUUCCAACUUUUCAAGCUAUUUAUCACAUGAAAGAAUUCAUACCGGUGAAAAAUCUUGUGUAUGCUGUGUAUGCAAAAAACGCUUUAAAGUAAUAUCUAAUUUAAAAUUUCGUUCAAGAAUUCAUAUGAAAUGUAAACCAUUUAUUACUAACUGCUGCCUAAAAAAUUAUUUACUGACAUCAAAAUCACUAACUAACAAAAAUAUAUGCUCAAAAGAAAAACUACUGAAUUCUUAUUCCAGUGACUCUUUUAAUUGUUCAACUAUGUUAAAUAUACAUAAAAAUUUCACAAAUAUUUAUAUAUGCAAAAAAUGUAAAAUUAACUUAAAACCAUCUUAUACAUGUGAUAUUUGUAGCAAGUCUUUUACACAAUAUUUUCUUUUAGAAGAACACCAAAAUAUCCAUAUAAAUAGUAACAGUUUCAAAUGUAAUUUGUGUCAUUUAAUACUUUCAGAUUACAGUAUGUUUAUUACUCAUAAAAAAUCCCAUGACAUAAGCAAAAUUUAUCAAACUGAGGAUGUUUGUAACUAUUUAAAAUUAAAUGAAAAUUUCAAAUGUAAUGUUUGCGGAAUGUUAUUUGCAUGUUCGAAAAUUCUUGAAGAACACACUACAGUUCAUAUUGAACCUAAACUAGAAAAACUUCAAAUUUGUAUGAAAAAUGAACUCGAAAAUGAAAUUCAGACGAAUAUUAGAAGUGAAUUUAAGUGUGAUCUUUGUAAUGAUAUUUUCAAUACACAAUCUCAAAUUGUUACUCAUAUUUUAUCAACUCAUUAUUAGAUAAGAGUGUAUAUGACAUAUUUUUAAUGGGUCAUAUGUUAAUAUUAAUUGGUAAUAAAAAUUUGAAUAUAUAGUGUAAUUUCUAGUCAAUGUUCAAAUAUUGUAAAAUUGUACUCAUUUAAUGAAUGUUUUAAAUUCUAAUAAAAAUACUUUCCACUAUAAAAUGUAUAAAAUGUUCAAAACAAUAAUAUGGCUAUUUUUAUUUAAUCUAUAAUAUAGUAUAACAAUACCAUUUGAGUAGUAUAACAGCCAUGAAUUUUAAUACAAUGCAGUAAUAUUUAGAUUAGUGGUUUCAAAAUUUUUUUUCUCUUCCACUUACUUAAAAAAAAUAAAUCUUAAUGGCGCACCCUACUGAUUGAACCUAAGGUGGUAUAGCCUCUUAGUUAAAGAAUUAAUAAAUUAGUUUUAUUAUCAUAUGAAAGAUUUUUUACCUUUCCCUAAAUAGUUAUAGAACCUAUAUAGGAAAAAAUAUUUAGAUUAAUUAGAAAAACUAAAAAGGAGUAAGUAGUAUCAUUCAUCAUAAU